GUUUCCCUCCCCACUCAGUACACCACAGGGGAGGGCCUUUUAGCUGCUUCUCAGAAUGCAAGUGGCUUUCGUUUCUCCGCCACAAGUGAAUGAGGGGGCAGACAGGUGUCUUCUUUGUUCCCAGAGCCUGUCCCGUCGGCCUUGUACCACUCCAGCGGAGGUGGCGCCGCAGCAGAGCCAGCCCUUGGCUGUGCAGUCAUGCCCCGGCAGUUCUCCGUGGUGCUGCUCUUCGUGUCUCUGGCAGUCAUUUUGCACUAUGGCAGUCAAAUAAGAGCAAAGGUGUUUCCAGAAACCGUGGCCUUUCCGCCUACGACAGCAGCAGUACAGGCCACAGCAAAGCCUUCUCUCCUGCCACCAGCCAACCAAGUGCCUCCCAGAACCUCAGCAGCAAGGUCACUGGAUGAUCGUGUCCCUUCUCAGACAGCUGCCACAGCCUCCACCUCGGACACCCCAACCACACACACAACAAUAAAACCUCUAGCAACAACUUCCCUGGCGACUACAAACAGCACCCCAUCUGCCAGCCCAGGAAUCCGCGCCCUAGAAACAAGUGUGACCACACUGAACAAUGCACAUGCAGCUGCCGGAGGCCCCCACACAGCUCCUGCUUCGCUGCCAACUGCCCUCACUCCCCUGGCCUGUACAACUGGAACCAGCCCGCCAACUGCCAGCCACACAACUGGGAGGGCCACGCAACCCAGUAACCAGACCACCCUUCCAGCAACACCGUCAACCCCAUCACACCACAGCACAAGCAGUUGGAAGCCAGUUCCGCCCACCCACACCCCAGGACGCACCGCAGCCACGCGCAGCGCCCCCCAAACGGCCUCGCCUGCCCCCUCAGCUCCCGGACCCACCCUUGCCCCUCAGCCAUCAUCAGCCAAGACUGGAACUUACGAAGUUCUAAAUGGAAGCAGGCUCUGUAUCAAAGCAGAGAUGGGGAUAGAGCUCGCUGUUCAAGACACGGAGUCGGUUUUUUCACCUCAGAGAUAUUUCAACCUUGACCCCAAUGGAACCCAUGCUUCUGGGAACUGUGGCUUUCGAAGAUCCAACCUCCUCUUGAAUUUCCAGGGCGGAUUUGUGAAUCUCACAUUCACCAAGGAGGAAGAUUCAUACUAUGUCAGUGAAGUGGGAGCCUAUUUGACUGUCUCAAACCCAGAGAAAAUUUACCACGGAAUGAAAAGUGCAGUGGUGAUGUUUGAGACUGUGGUCGGGCAUUCCUUCAAAUGCGUGAGUGAGCAGAGCAUCCAGCUGUCAACCCACCUUCAGCUGAAAACAAUGAAUGUCCGACUUCAAGCCUUUGAUUUCAAAGAUGACCACUUCGGAAAUGAGUCUCUCACCACCCUGCUGCAGAAGAAGGGGCCCCACCCAACCUCUCAAGUCCAGAUGUGCCCUGCUCCUGCUUGUAAUUACUUAUUGAUAUGGAGAUGUUACUUCUCUCCACCCCUUGGAAACACCUAUUGAUAUGGAGAUUACCAAAGCCAGGCCAGAGAUUCUGGCAAUAUUGCAAUUUUACCCACACAUUAGGACAAACCCAAAUUGAUUAUUAUGCUGGAGGCCUUGGUAAAUCACAUGUACUCCAGGAGGUAAGAGACAAGCCCCAUGAAGAUUCAGGGAUUGACUGCUUCAGUGAAGUUUUUAGAGACCCAGGGUGUCAGGGACAUGCCAGAAUCUCCCUUCCAAAAUAAAAUACAAAUAUUUCGCAUCUUGCCUUCUUUCCACAAGAAGGAAGCACGGAGCCAUGUAGGGCUCGUUAGGUUCUGGAGGCAGCAUUCCACAGCUAAGGUAGUUCCACUGGCCCAUUUACCAGAUGACAUAGAAAGUCAUCGGUCUUGGGUGGGGCCAGAGCUGGAAUUUCAGCAACUCCAUGCCACAAUGUAAUUAGCUCUGCUGCUGGAGCCAGACAGUGAGGCAGAUCUUACGGUGUUAGCAGGGCCAGUGGUGGGAAAAGGUACAGUAGGGAAUUUUUGGCAAACUCCCACAGAAGAAUCAUAAUGUAGGCCUUGGGUAUUCUGGAGCAGAGCCAAGGCCAUGCCAUUUUCAGCAGAGAAAUACAUACCUUCUGAGAAACAGCUCUUGGCCUGUUACUGGGUCCCAGAACACUUGACCUAGGGUCUCUAAGUGACCAUAUAUCCGGAACUGCCCAUUUUCAACUGGAUUCUGUCAAAUCUACUAAGUAAUAAAAUCAGAUAGGUCUAGGAGUAGUCAAUUGUAAGACGGAAAUGUUAUAUCCAAGGUCGAGCCCAAGCAGGUCUAAAUGGCAUGGAUAGGCUUCAUGGGCAGGUAUCCCAGACCCCCAUGUCACUCACCAGAGUUGUACCAAUGCCCUCUCCCCUGGUUUGCACCUAUGCAUGCUGGGGCAGUACAUGUAACCAGUUGAAAAAGGUGGAAAAGCCCAAAAUGGUUUAUAAAGCAGUUGGUAUGGUAUGUGGGUACACACCAAAACUGGACAGGGGCUGCAUUAUAGCCACAUUCAGAAGUGACCCUGAAAGACAGUGGGGAAGGAAAAUCAUCCCAGCGGAUCCAACAGUAAACAGGGGUUUAUUAUAUAAUUCUAUCUACUUUUGUAAAUGUUAAAAUUUUUUCCAUAAUAAAAUGUUUUUAAAACCAGGGGAGAAAAAUGCAAAUGCAUGAGAUAAAACUCUUUUUUUUUCUUUUCUGGAUGUUGUGUCUGCUAUGAUGGCAGGACCCACUGCAGCCUUCUUGGGAUACUUACUGAGAAUGGCUUAUUGCCAUUAAAAAGCAAUUCAAAAAUCUUCAUAUAUAUGCUGUAAUGGAUCAUCCCUUU